AUGGCAGCUCUGGAACGAAGAAGACGAAGAAUGCAGAACGAAUUACCGUCAACUUGUGUCUAUUCAUGUUGGAGUACGGACCAGGAAGAUACUUUGCGAUGCGGAUUCCUUUACGAAAAGCAUCCAGGACGCUGCAAAGUUAACCUUUCCGGUUCAAAUACCGCGGAAGAAGUUUGCCUUUGCAUCUGCAAAAACAAACUCAGACAAGAUCUACGUACAGUUCUGUAUGUGUCGCCCGCACCACUGGCGAUUUCAACGAGGAAAAGGAAGAGGAAAAGCAAGGAGUUGCGUCGUCAACUGCAACAGGACCGCGAUAAGGAGUGGACGUCGAGAGCGAAGGAGCUUGAAAAGGCGUGGGAGAACAAGAACCCGAGGAAAGCCUAUUCUCUCUCAAAGCAGUAUUGCGGCAAAAUGAAAAGAGCUAACGGUGAAGCAAUCCUUCCAAUUUGGAGGGGUCACUUCAAGACCUUGCUGAACCGGCAAGCGCCGUCAGGUCCUCAACUCAAACACAUUCAGCAGACGGCCGAGAUACGCGGUUAG